AUGGCGGAUUAUGAAAAAUGCUCUUUUGAUACUCAGAAGCUGAAAAUAGAAAUAUCAAAAAGCGAAGACAUUGAACAUGGAAAUUCACGCACAACGGCUUUGCCAAGCAACCAGAGACAUAUAAGGUCCAAAAUCUGCAUCAAUUCAGUCUUGAUUGCUGAUAGGACGAUGAGAGCACUUGUGAUGAUGGAACCUCACACUGAUAAUGAUCUCCAGUUUCCAGUAUGUGCAUCCUUCCCUGCACCCUUCACGCCCCUACCCACAUCCGCGCGACCCCCUACAACUGGCAGCUGGCUCCUGCGAGAAGGAAUACUAGCCGUCCCCACCUUGCCAGAUGGCCACAAGAAGUUCCAGUUCUACCUCCUGGAUGAGAGCGGACAGGCUGGUGCAGGAAUGGCUCACGAUCCAGGUGAGGGGAUCCAGGACCUCCUAAUCAGGGUCGGGCCAAUCUUCAGAACCGAGGGAGAGGCUUCCAGUCCUCCUACAGACAGCCCUCAAGACAGUAUUCACCAGGUCAUUGCGUCGGUCCAGCAGGUGAUCUCAGAGGAGGUCGCCCACACGCAGCGACUCCCCCUCGCCCCCCUCCCGUCCCGCACCCCCCUAGGACCCUCCAACUCGUCCCACAACGACACGUCCUUCCUCGCCGCCCAAGCCAACGGGGAAUCCAUCGACAUCCCGGAGGCCAUCCUUCACAACCUCAUGAGCCAUCCUUACUUCACGACCUCUUGGUUGACCCAGGUUCCUACGACGCGACCCGAGGAGACGACGACCAAUCCGUGGAUGCUCGGCGGUGAGGAUCUCGACGGGGACGUUGGGGAGGUCGUCGAGGAGGUGACCGAGGCUCUGGAGGUGGGCGAAGGAUUCACGGAAGCCGCUACCUCUACGCGGUCUGGGGUGUUUGAUAGUCAGGGCGAAGGAGUGACGGAAAGUGCGGUGACGGAGGCGGCGCUGCUGGAGGAGUUCGUCGUUACGGAGAGUGCGACUGCUGAGGUCGUCCUUCCGGAGGAGGCUGAUCUCAAGGCUUCCAGCGACUCGGGCGAGACCAAAGACAACUCGCAAACCACACAGUCGUACAGCAUUGACGAAACGACAACGAGGCCUCUCCUCGACCGCUGGAAUUCCCGCUUCCCCGCCUGGACCGCCUUCCCCGCCCGCGACGCCCCGACGACCGUUGCCAUUCCCAGCGACGACCUGGAGCCUGCCGACGACUACAACUCCAGCCCCGUCGGCCUUUCGGGAAUGGAGAAUCCUGUGAGCGAUGAGGUCGGAUUCACGACUUGGAAUUAUCCAGGGAAACACGAUGAGGCAAUGGAUGAAAUGCUUACGACCGCAGGCACCGAGAAUCUUCUAGAAGAUUCUGCAACAAUGCAACCAGAGAACAGCAACCAAGAAAGGCCCACGCAGGACAUCCUCUUGGCCCCUGACGCCGAGAAUGCCCUUCCUCUCUCUACCACACCAACUGCUGCCGUGAGUUCAUCCGAGGUCACAAAAGUCAAUGACGUCACUGUCACCCCUACUACACAGUCCAGUAUGAAUGAAACUGCCGAGCCGAUGAACACGACGGAAGCAGACAACGAAGAGACGACAGAAACGAGUCUUUCUGAGGCUGAAGUUGAAUCCUAUUCGGCGACGACUCUGUCUCCAACGACCACGUCGCCUGAGAAGUCCCAAGACAUGACAUCAUCGCCUGAAAUCCCUAGUGACAACUUACAGAUGGAAAAAGAUGGUACCACUGAAUAUUACCCAUGGACAACCGAUGGUAUCAAUCAAUAUAUCCCGUUGAUGAGUGAUCCACUUCUCUCGGAUGAAGCUAUGACGUUACUUGACAUCUUCCAGUUCCAGGGCGAUACAUCUGGCUAUCAUGGAGAGGCGCCGCACUAUGAUUUCCCUGUGUUUAAUGGCCAACCUUCUCAGGGCUCUGAAGAACUCGCAACUGAAAGUGAUGUAACAAUGGUAAGUAUGGAAGAGCAAGAUUCAACCACGGAAUACUCGAUAAUUCAGGAUCUUACCACUAAUGUAGCACUAGAUGCCUCGGUACAGGAGACUCCCAGUGAUUUAUCAGGUCAGGAUAUGUCCAUUAAGAACUCCGGUAUGGACAUGGAAACCUCAAGUAAGCCUACCCAGUAUCCGGUUACAGAUGGCCCAUCAACUCAGUACCCAGAUACCCAAACCCCAAGUACAGAGGGCCCAGUCACUCAGUAUCAAACUACCAAGGACGAUUCCAGUCAGGAACUCACAAGCCGAGCAUCCACCAUCCAGCCGUCGACAGUCAGUCCACUCAUCCAAGAGGUGACGAGCCAGUCUCCUGUCGUCCAAGACACCACGACUGAACUGCCUAGUUCUCAGGAAACGACUGAGCGACCCCUAGAUCCCGAAACGACGACCACUCCGGCUCCACUCCCUCUCUACUCCGCCACAACCCCGCCCUCCACAAAAUCCUCAUCAGCCCCCCAGGAUCCCGACCUCCCUGAACCCAAAACAAGAGGACCUACAACCGCCACCGAAGAACCGACCGAGAACCCGACCGAAGGACCCUCCCCGACGACCCCGACGACGCCUCCAAACCCCCCAUCCACGGAUCUGCCGACGUCGACGAAGGACCCGAAACAACCGGAGAUCCUUCCCUUAUACGACUACUACUACAGCGACAACUACGGCAGCUCGAACGUCCUGCCUCCUGCCCCGGCGAGCAACGAGGAGAGGCUGGACCUGGGGGCGCUGGAGAGGACCGGCGACCAGGCGGAGGAAUACUACUACGAUGAUUACUACCCGACGGCCGUCUACCUGGACAACGUGGAUGAGGUCACACUAACGCCGGGAACUCGUGCCACGGACCACACCUAUAGAGACCAAAGUCGACGACCUUACACACACUUGGUGGAUAAAAGGGGAAAGGACAGAUAG